UGUUUCGGAUCAGCUCGGAAAUAGGAAACCAUCCCAGGUUCUGUACUAGUCACCCUUUUGGUCAAUUUGGUGGCAUACAUGCCGCAGAUAUUUAAAGUUGCAGAGUGAGCCAACAGUGCGCAACAAUGAGCACGCCACAACCGGAGGCAAACAGCACAGCACAAGCCAAAGCAAACGAAAUGCCUGCCGCCAAGAGUGCUGACGGUGAAGCAGGAGAGAAGGCGGAUGCCGGGACAUCGUCGCCGGAGGAUGAUUCCAUUCACAUCUACGCAACGAUCGCGUUUGUCGUUAUAAUCAUCCUGAUCGGUGUUCCCAUGUGGUGGAAAACGACCGAGGUUUACAGGGUUUCCCUUCCGUACGCUGAAAUACAGGCGUUAAGUGAUGCUCCCAUCAAGACUGCGUUCCGGUUGGGGCUAUACUGCAAGUCGCCCGAACGUCGGGACAUAAUGGCAUUUGAAUUGCGCAAAAAAUUCGAACACAACUUUGCAUUCGAACUGGAACUGCUUGAAUUAUCCUUGGACCCGGAAAAAGUGGCGGCCGUGAAAACGCCGGCAAUGCUCGAAGCGGAGCUCUUGAAACGCUAUCCGGCUUCGGUGGGCGAUUUUAUGCUGAUCGAGUGGAAUAAGCUAGACGAUGAUGUACUGGUUACCACGGAACGAACCGCCUUCAUAUCGGAAAGCGCAACUUCCCUGAAAACCUAUCAGGUGCUCUCGUCGUGGAUUUUGCAGGAGUACAAGCUGAAAGCGAUCCUUGGUUCACGGGACGUCCAGCAAACGACGAAGGGCCGACAGUUGCGGCUCAACUCGGCUCCACUUCAACCACAAUACGAAGUGUUGAUAACUGUGCUAAACCCUCGCCCAGAUUUGCAGAAAGUGCACUGGAAUCCACGUGCUGCGGCCGAGAAUUACAUUUCACCGUUUUUGAACGAACUGGCCGGUAUAACAAACUUUACCAUAAAAACGCAGUGGAUCUAUCAGGUCGGUAUCGAUGGGCCCGGUGUGCAGCCGAAACAAGUGCCGGAUAGCUCAAAGCUAGGGCGCCACUAUGCGUUAGGAGAGGACAGCCUGCCGCAUAUUAUAACGUCACUCGAGAAAAAGUUGGGCACGCAAAUUACCGACCAUCCGUGCAUUCACUUCGUUGUGUAUGUGGCCCCGUGUAGCCAGGCACCCCUUAAAAUCUACCACAAGGAUGGCCAGCGUGCGUCCCCGAACAGUGGCAAGGUGGAAGCAUUCACGUCGGCCAAGUGGGGUGGCAUCAUGUUUGCGAGUCCGGCAGAGGCAACCUGCGUACGGUACAUGGAAGAAGAGCAGUUCUCCGAUGUAUACCUUCACGCACAGGACAUUAUGCCCGUGCUGCUGUAUCAGUUGCGUAAAAUAUUUGAUUUAGAAAACAAUGCACCACUUCUCGAUACGGCGCUGGUGCCGUGCGACCGGAUCGAACCGCGCGUUUGGGAGGUUGAUACAUUCCUUCGUACCAACACAAUCUAUUUGGUACACUCGGCAACAACCACCUUGCAAUCGCUCAUCCAACUCCUCGGGGGCAUCGAGUACAUCGUGAUCAACGAUGAAGUUGGGGCGGCCAUUCAAAACGCCUACCGGAAGGUGGUGGAGGCCAAACGUCGACUUACGGAAGGUACUUUGCAACAAGCGGCGCUACUGGCACGGGAAGCUUACACGUCCGCAGAAAGGGCGUUCUUCGACCCGAGUCUGCUGGCGCUACUGUACUUUCCGAACGAGCAGAAGUACGCAAUCUACAUUCCCCUUUUCUUGCCCAUCAUGAUACCGGUUGUGUUUUCGUUCAACACGAUCGUAAAGUACAUUCGCAAGCGCAGAGCAGUCGAUGCGGCUAGUCAACCGAAGCCAAAGGAAGAAUAA